UCCAGCUGGCAGAUUUUGCUGACAGCCUCUGAAGAAAAGGAAAGGCGAGCGCUUGCGUCUUAGGUUUUGGGCUUACCGAGUGCGGCAAGAGUGUCUUCGAGAUAGGCAGAUUGUUGUGGCCACUCAACCAAGAUCUGGAGCCUGCGGGAAUCGGUCAUUUCGACCGGAUUAUCUUAAAGGAGAUUUUCCAUUUGCAGGUUGGUGUUACUACCAAAGGGGUAAUUCAUUCCACUAUUGGGAUACUUCUAAGGGUUAUUUAUCAUUACACAGGUCGGUAAAGCCCACAUAUUACUGGUCCUUCGAGGGAACUGGACAGAAUCAUCGACAAAGCAGACGCCCUUUCAUUGCUAAGGACUAUCGAGAAUCAAUCCUUCUUCGCCAACGUCGGCAUUGCUCCUUGCUAAGGAUUGAAUUGCUUGUCCUUCUACACCUGCCCUCGUCAACACUGCUUCAAGAUGGCGAGUAUCGAGCUGAAAGCUCUCCAUAUCGAAAGAGGUAUCUGCAAGAGGAUGCUCACAAACAUUGAGAGAAGAGUCUCUGAGACUUCAAGCUUCACUGAGCAGUUGAUUGAUGUACUUCUUGGCGAAGUCCAGUCUACACUGAAUAGGUUUACACCAAUUCAGACACAAAUUGAGAUUUUCGUUGAUGACGAUCCCAAAUUGAAAGUUCACGAAGAGAAUGAGGGUGACUCAUUCAACAACAGAUGCGUGGAUCUUCGACUCAAACUUGGGCACAUUGCUGAAACAUGCAAAGGGAGUUCGAACGGAAGUCUUCCACAGCAAGAGGCUUUGGACAGUAGCAUCGCUGAUGUUCUACUGAAACAAACGGAUCUUUUGGAUAAGAUCGCUGAGUGGCAGAGGUCUAGCCCAGGAGCAACCAAUUCUGAGAGUAGUGCAACACGCUCCAAACUGCCACAAUUGAACCUUCCGUCUUUUGAUGGAAAAUACAUAGAUUGGCCGCAAUUCAGGGACGCAUUUGCGAAUGCCAUUCACAACAACGAUUCUCUCAGAGAUAGUGAAAAGAUGCAGUAUUUGAAGAUGUAUCUAACUGGAGGUGCUGCUGCGGACAUCAGUACUAUACCGAUCUCCAAUCAGACUUAUCAAUCUACCUGGGACAGUCUGAAGGCUCAGUACAACAAAAAGGUUCACCUCGUGAAUGCAUACAUCCAACAGUUUAUGGCACAAACUCAAAAGAAGGUCGAAAAUGCGUCAGAUUUGCAAUCUGCUAGUAGGAGAUACAAGCAGAUCCGAGAACUUCAGGCAAGAGUGGGGAAAGGACGAAGUGCAGAUCAGAUGUCAACAAUCGAUGAAUUCUUCAAAUUCAUGAGUGACGUGACAGAUGUUAUGGAACGUGCUUCUCAUGGCACUUCUCCUGCCCCACCUUCAGUGCAAAAGACUACCAACAAGUCAAACAAGUCUGGGUUUAAGACCCACCACACGAAUGCUACAAAAUGUCCGGAAUGCGAGGGUGAACAUGCUUUGCCACAAUGUGAGAAGUUCCUGGCACUUUCGCUCUACGAGAGGCGUGAAAGGAUGGCACAACAUCAUCUUUGCUACAACUGUAUGAAACCACAUCAUUCAGCUGCCAAGUGUCAAUCCAAGGGGAAGUGUCAGAAGUGCGGUAGGAGGCAUCACACUCUGCUACACCCUCCAAAGAUGGAUCCAGUUCCGGAAGAGAUUGAUCAAUCUGUGAAACCUCAGGUGAAACCAGUAGCCGCAAAGGAAGUUGUACCUCAGUCACAGAAGACUCCUGAACAGUCACCAACUACUUCUUCAACCAUCACAACUCAUCACUCCGCAGUUCACCGCAAGGCAUUACUGCCAACCGCUAUUGUCAACGUGAGGGAUGUUUACGGCAAGUAUCAGGCUUGUUGA